GCCCGGAGGAGCCCAGGGCGCAGGGUGAUGACGUUUUCUGCGUCUGCGGAAGUGACGCCCGAAGCGGUGGGUGGAUCCCGGAGCGGUGGGAGUCGGGCAGCGUCUCUUUUACCCCAGUCCCGACGCCGGCUCGGCCUCCCCGCUCCGCCAUGUCCGCGCCCGGCAGCGGCGGCGAGUUCGGGAACCCGCUGCGCAAGUUCAAGCUGGUGUUCCUGGGCGAGCAGAGCGUCGGGAAGACAUCUCUGAUCACCAGGUUUAUGUAUGACAGUUUUGACAAUACUUAUCAGGCAACUAUUGGAAUUGAUUUCCUCUCAAAGACAAUGUAUCUGGAAGACCGCACGCAGGUUCGGCUACAGCUUUGGGAUACAGCAGGCCAGGAGCGGUUCCGCAGCCUCAUUCCCAGCUACAUCCGCGACUCCACCAUUGCUGUGGUAGUCUAUGACAUUACAAAUCUGAACUCGUUCCAGCAAACCUCCAAGUGGAUUGAUGAUGUGCGAACAGAGAGAGGAAGUGAUGUCAUCAUCAUGUUGGUUGGGAAUAAAACUGACCUGGCAGACAAGAGACAGGUUUCUAUAGAGGAGGGCGAGAGAAAGGCCCAAGAACUGAAUGUGAUGUAUAUUGAAACCAGUGCUAAAGCAGGAUAUAAUAUGAAACAGCUUUUCCGCCGUGUGGCUGCUGCCUUACCUGGGAUGGACAGCACACCCGAGAAGAGCAAAGAAGACAUGAUUGACAUCAAGCUAGAGAAACCUCCUGAGCAGCCAGUAACGGAGAGCGGCUGUUCCUGCUAAAGUGCCCGUUGUAUAGCAACACUUUCCCUGAUUGGCCAGUCUCAUUGAAGAGCAUCACUUCUCAUUGGCUAGGCAAACCUACUUUUUGUGAACUGAAGAAACAACUAAUCAAUCUACUAAGUGAGCGAGCUCCCUGUUAGCUGGUGGGGGAACAGCCCUGGCUGCCCCUCCUAUUGCAUGGUAUGAGCCCUGAGUGCAAAAUGAAUGUUAUGUCCUCUUUUAGUUGUUGCACUUUGGCACCAUGGUGCCCUUUACUCCAUCCCACACCUUGGGCCUAUCUGCAGAGGUGUAUUUUCCUGUGAAUGCAACAAAAAAGCUGCCACGAUAGGGAAAUAAAGCUGGGGGUUGGUUCUCCACCUCCCUAAUUGCCUUGCAUCUUAA